AAUCCGAGUUUCCAUUGUUUUUUGGCUGUUUUUACAGUGUUUCAAGAGCGUAGAUUGUCGUGAAGUGAUGCAACAAGUAACAGAAGCUUAGCCAAUGCACGGAAAACUGCCUGCAGCCGAGUGAAACAGCUGCGGGCCAGGGAAAUCGGUUCAAACAGGAGACUGGGAGUGCCACAAGAGGACCCUGACAACACAAUCAAUCGAUAAAUGGGGGCCGAGCACUCCCAGCAGCGAGCCGAGGCAGAUGGCCACGAGAUCUUCGAGGGCAGACAUAUGCCUGGGGGCGGUGGCCUGCACGAUGGCAGCUCCAUGGCCCUGGCAGCCGCAGCCGGAACGGCGGCGGCCAACAAACGGCGCGGCGGUGGCCUGAACAGACAACAGACGGUGCCGGGCACUGGACCGGCCAGCAUUGUGAUAGCCAGCAAGCAGAUUAUAGCGGAUGCCUCGUCGCCGGCCAGCUCUGAGCUGAGUCGGCCGCCGUCGCCGCCGCUGAGCGUGUGCUCCGACUUGCCGUAUGUCUCAUACACGGACCGCCCUAUCGGCGACUCGCCAAAGAUCCGCUCAAAGCCGGCCCACCUGCUGCAGCAGAGCAGCGCGAGUCGGGCGGCAAACAGGAAGUCGCAUCCGGGAGGCUUCACCACCUCCACCAAGCCGAAGCGGCCCCAAUCGACGGUCUCCAGUCACAGCAUUGUGAUUGUGAAGCCCGGGGCAAGGGACACCAACGACGACAUCGAUCCGGAUCUGGCCCGGCUGCGCAGCAUUCCACAAUUCCUUCCCGUUCUGCGGGAGUCCAUCAGCUCGGCCACAUACACGCGGGAUGCUGAGAUCCUGGAGCGCCUGCACUCGCAGCAUCUGAUCAACAUUUGUACGCGCAUGCAGACGCAUCUCAAUCUCUGCGCCUGCUAUGUGUCCAGCGAGCAGAACCAUCUGGUGGAGCGCACCAAGGUCGUCAGCAACUCCAUUACGACGCUGUUUGCCAGCUUCGUGGAUAUGCAGAAGACGUAUGCCUCGUAUGCCGAACAGUUUGCCAAAAUCCGGAGCGUCUCCCAUCAGCUGAGUCGCUGCAAUUCGCUGCUGCACGAGAAUAUUGCCAGUCUGGAGGCAAUCAAUAACUUCCUGGACGAUGAGGACCGCCUGGAGCCGUUCGUAUGGCGCACCGAUGACAACAAGCUGCGCGGCGAGGCGGAGGGGGCCACCGGUGGCAACAGCAGUCGUCUGUGGAGGCUCUAGACGGUGCAAGGCCUGCAAGAACCUGCAACCAAUCGACCCCCAAAGAUUUUCUUAGUCCGUAAUAUUCAUGUAUUUACUGUGUAUAUUAAUCGUUAACUAAAUGCCACACUUAAUCGUGAUUUUAAAUUAGUAAAUGAAAAUCAAAAAAAUGAUUUAUUCAAAUGCCAAA